AUGUCCGGUUGGAAAGCCCUCUACAAACAUCUGAACCGUCGGAUGAAGAAGCAUCGCGCGGAGAAGUACGGUCUGAUCUAUGAGGACGAGGACGAGAUCAACCUCAGUCUGCUUCACAAGGAGGAGCUUCCGGACGGCACGCGUUUGGCCCCCGCGACGGAGGAGGAGAUUGAGUUCUCGAGGAGGGAUGGUCUUGGUGGUGGGAUAGACUGGAAGAACUUCCGAAAGUACUUCACCCUUAAACACUGGACGCGUAAUAAGAUUGUUGGCCUCUUCAUUACGACAAGCAUUAUCACUCUUGUCGUACUCCUUCUCGUCUUCCAGGACUCAAUCGUCGAAUGGCUUGUGCCCUCUGGAGAAAAAUGGAAGAGUCUUCCAGGAGGGUGGACAAUCCCUAUCGCGAUCCUGAUCGUGCAAUCGUUCCCUCCACUCAUCGGGCACGACGUUGUGCAAAUCUUUGUAGGAGUUGUGUGGGGACUAUGGCCAGGUUUUGGUAUUGUGGCGGCUGGUACAGUCCUAGGAGAGAUCGCAGAGUUUUACGUCUUCCGGUUGUUCUGCGGCGCGCGCAUGGGCAAGAUGGAGAAGAAGAGUCUGGGGUGGGGAUUACUCGCCGAUGUGGCCCGCGACGGCGGAUUCGUCAUGGUUCUUAUCGCUCGCCUGAGCGUGCUUCCUCCGUCCUACACUACCAUCGUGUUUGCAUUGGCUGGCACCAACUUCUUCAAGUUCCUCGCGGCGCUUAUUCUCUCACUCGUUCUGCCAUUGUCAAACCUGUACCUCGGCGUGCUGGCAAGAGAGAACUCGGAUGGCGUAUCUACCAGCGGCGCCGCGAGCGGACUCACUAUCGCCGGAAGCGUCACCAUCAGUGUAGUAGCUAUGCUAUACAUCGACCACAAGGCUAACAAGCUGAAGCCCGCGUUUAUCACGCAACGCAGGAAAGAUAGGUUCGAUCCGUCUGCGGAGGGUCGGCUUGGAUCUCCGGCUGCAUCUAGCACGCCAUACGAUCCUCCGUCGUAA